CCUACUUGGGACGCGUGGUUUUGACGUGACAUUUAACUGACAUUUUAAAUCUCGGAUCCCGGAUUAAUAUAAAUUAGAUAUCAGUUAAAGAGUAUUAUUUAUAGAUAUGUGCACAUUUUAACUUAUAUAUUAAACUGAAAUAUUUCACAUCACAAUGGCCAGUGUUCCAAAUAUUGCAGGACUGACAAAUCGGAAUUUAUUCCGCAUCGGUUUUCAAGAACCUUACAAAGAAGUAGCAGUGAGAGAUGAGGCUACAACAAAUAUACGCAGUUUUAUAUUCAGUCCUAAGGGGACAUAUAUAGCCUUCAGGACAGAUAAAAAAGCUGAGAUACUGAAAUGUGCUGACUGGUCUGUAGCUGCAUCAAUAGAGGGAAAUUAUAAAGAAAUGUUUUUCUCACCACUGGACAACUAUUUCAUAAUUUGGGAAAUGUUUGCUAUGACUAAAGAAAAUCCACAGGGCAAACCAAACCUACAUGUCUUCAAAUCAUCGGAUGGUACAAAAGUUGGAUCAUUUGUACAAAAGAAUCAAAUCGGAUGGGAACCAAAAUGGUCGGCGGAUGAGAAACUAUUUGCAAUUCUCGUUAACAACAGGGUGUUGAUAUAUGAGGAUGUAAAACUUGAUCACUACACGCACUCCAUUCAGGCGGAGAAGUUGCAGGCAUUCAGCAUAUCACCGAGUCUGGCACCAGCUUACUAUAUAUCAAUAUUCACUCUCGGUAAAGCCGGUCAACCAUCAUUUUGGCGAGUGUUCAAGUUCCCAAACUUUGAUCCAACCCAGUCGGUUGUCAGCCGAUCCUCAUUCCAAGCUGACAAAGCAACAUUUCACUGGAACAGAAGAGGCACCAAUCUGUUUGUUUUAACUCAGACUGAUGUUGAUAAGACCGGUGGUUCAUACUAUGGAAAACAAUCUCUGUCUUACGGAGAUGUGAAGGGGAACGGAGGAAACAUGACCUUUAGUAAAGAAGGUCCUAUCCACGCGAUAUCCUGGAACCCUGGUAACUGGAAUGAGUGGGUCGCGGUUUACGGACACGCCCCCGCUAAGGCGACCAUAUUUAACGCAAAAUGCGAGCCCCUCUUUGAAUUCGGCACAGGAGCCUGGAACGCUAUAUACUUCCCACCAGAAGGGAAUUUAGUCCUUCUAGGUGGUUUUGGGAACAUAGCCACGGGUCAUAUCUCAGUGUGGGAUGUCCGCGGCUAUAAGAAGCUGGGCGAGUGCAGUGCUCCAGAUACCACCAGCCUGGCGUGGGACCCGCGCGGGGAGUGCUUCCUCACCGCCACCACAUACCCUCGCCUGACAGUCGGCAAUGGGUACAAAAUUUGGCAUUACACGGGAGCUCUCAUGCACAAAAGAACGUGCGAAGAUAAAGAGAAUCUUCUGUCAAUCAGCUGGCAACCAGGGAAUUAUCCUAAGAGCGAUCUCUCCAAGUCCGUGCCGAAGAGUAUAGAAGUUACGCCGAAAGCCACAGCAGCGUACAGGCCUCCAGGCGCUAGGAACAAACCCUCUACUUUCACCUUCCACGAGCAUGAGAAGCCACAUAAACCUGGACAGGUUGAAGCAACACCUUCAAAGCAAGCUAUAAAGCAGAAGGAAAAGCGUGAAGCUCGCAAGGCCCGUAAAGCUGAAGAGCGGGGAGACGCGGCGCCCACGGUAACGCCCACGACACCCACUACGCCCAAAGCUCCCUUCGUGUCUACUGGCGACCCGGAAAAAGAUAAGAAAAUCAAAAACCUUAACAAGAAACUAAAUGACAUCGAGAAAUUAAAACAACAAAAGGCGUCUGGAAAACAGUUGGAGCUCAACCAGCUGGCUAAGAUUGAAAACGAAGCAGCACUGCUACAGGAACUGGCGCAACUGAAGUUAUGAUGCUAUUAAAGAUAAUACAGAACAAUAUAUAUAUAUUAUAUGUAUAUCAACAUAAAAUUUAAGGAAUUUUGCUUGCUAUGAUUUUUAUAGCUCUGUUAUUUUUAAGUCAAAGACUUAAUUUUAUACUGCCUUAGUUUAUUAAUAAUCUGUGUAAAAUAAUAAUAUGUUUAAGAGGUUAUUUUUUUACUUAAUGACUUGAAUAAAAUGUUCUCAAUAUAAUUUAUUAUAUAUGUCAAACUUGUGAGAUUUUCUAAUUUAACUCUCAGCUUCUGCUUAACUGUCCGUUGUCAGAUUAAAAUAUAUAAUUAAUUUUAAUAUAAUAUUUAGUUUCAUUGAAAUUUUUCAUUUUCAUAAGACAGGCCUCAUGUUUUUUUAAUUUAUUUGCAAAUGUAAUGACAUCCUGUCAAUAGAGCCAACAUUAUAGUUUUGGAAGAGAUAUUAUGAUUUUUAGUUGUAGUAGCAGAUAUUUUUGCUUAAGUCGUUUAGUACCAUUGAUUUUUUUUUUUUUCAUUUCAUUUCAUUUUAAUAAUUAUUAAUAAUAAGUAUUGAAAAUAAUCAUAUCCAUAAGGAAAGUAUAUAGUGAGAUCUCAUUCAGCCAAAAGUUAUUCACAUAUUAGAAGUUAUAUUAUCUGAGAUAGUUUCUUUAUCUUAUAAGUAACUUUUAAUAUAGUGAUGUAUAUUUUUAUAAUCGAUACAAUUAUUAUCUAUUUCUUAAAAUAUAUACUUACUGAUGGGAUUAAAAUUUAAAAACAUUUCCAUACAUGAAGAGUAUAUGGCAUAUAACUUCAUACAAAAUAGCUAUUCAAAUAAAAUAUUGGAGCUUCGAA